GUGCCCCAAAUCUGACCUAUAAAUUGAGUUAUUCUUUUUUGGAUUUUCGCUUUGACUUUUGUGAUAUUUAUGACCUUCCUUUAUUUCACAAACUUUUCUCCCAAAAUUAGACUAGAGAAGUCCCAUCAAACUACCCUGAGCCACCUAGACUGAAAAUGAUAG